CGCUUCUUCCUCGCCGCACGAUCGGCGCCGAGAAUUGUGCUUUUCUUUAGCAUUUCUCUGUGAAUAUUCGCCAAAACUAACGAUUUUAAGAUGACUAGCAACCCCGGAUCGCCGGUACAGCAGCAACGCAGUCCGAUCGUGAAUCGGACGCUGGAGUUGAAUUUGAACAAAAAACGAUCCCGGGAAUGUCUCCAGUGGGGCACGGUGAACGUGUUGCUGCUCUCGAUGCUCCUGUUCGACAUCUCCAACAAGUGUCCGUACGCGUUCUCGCACUGGUACUACGUGGAGUAUGCGGCCGCCGCCAUCCUCGGUAGCAGCAUGCUGUACUACUAUGGCCAGUACUUUUACUACCUCUUUAGCGCGGAACCGAUCCGUGGUACCGAGCAGCAGCGCCGACUGCUAAAGUUCGAUCCGACGGACAGUUCCUUUAUCACAACACCACCGCAACCACAAAAGCCCAUCAGCACCGACGGCACUCCGCUGAACGUAUCCUCCACGAUGCUCCGGGCGUUUGAUAAUUCUCCGGCUUCCGACUAUGCGACAGCUCCUGUUCCACCGCGAAGCCGUAUGUUUCUGCGGGGUGGAUCACCGGUGCCGGAGAUGCACAGACCACUGCCACACGAUCGGAACAACUGUUCCUACCAAGCGUCUCCAAAUGUGAGCUCCGGUUCGGUCAAAUUUUCACCCGCCCUACGGAAACUCGUCCACCCGAAUGCGGCCGUGGUCGAUGCGAAGCAAUUGGAAUCGUUUCUGCACGAAGUAUCAGAAGAUCGCAGCAACCGUUCAAUUAAAGAUCAUGGGAACCUUUCCGAUGGAUUAAUCAAUACAUCCGUCAACUGGAGCCGACUGCAAGAUAUGUCCCAUCUGUUGCAAACCUCGCUCUACCAGCUGUCCUCAUCUGGUACACCGAACAAACAACUUGCAAAGGAACACGAGGUGGGCUCGUACAACGCGUUCAUCGAUGGCAGUCCCGAGGGGCUGAAGAAGGUAUCGACCACACAGCUAUCGAACUACGUAGGCAACUUGCGUAUGUGGAUCUCACUCACAAUUCUGCAGCGCAUCGACGAGGAGAUCAAUCUGGCCGAUCAGGCAUUCAAGAACCGCGGCUUCGCAGACAUACAGAUCGGUGCGAUCGGACUGGAGCGCCUGAAAAAGACGGCCGAGAACCAACAGCUCGUGACGCUCUACAUACCACGGUUACCGCUGUUGAUUCCCUUCCUGGAGAUGUCCACCAACCAGGAGUAUCUGGUGCAACGCAUUAGAGACUUGUCCAAGGGAAGCUGCCUAGGCGAUUACCGAUGGAACUCUGGGGCCAGCUACAAGGGACUAGCAUGGGAUGAGCAUUUACCGACAGAUGCAGCGAUUAUCUUCCAUCUUUUCUGCACCUACCUCGACAGUCAGUUGCGCCCUCUGCCACAACCGGGUGGUCGCCCUUUCUACAACCGGUAUGUGGUGGUUGGCGAUAAAAAAUCCUCCAAGGAAACGUUGGCGGAAGUGAACUCCAAGAACAAGGCAAAGUGUGCCAUUCUUUGCACUAACCCGCUGAAACCAAAGUUUAAUUUCGUUUCGGAUGAUAAAAUUCACAGCUGCGCCUAUGAUCGAAAUAACUUAUUCUACGUCAUCAUUCAGUUUCUGAUCUACAUGAAAACUCACCACGAGAGCUCGCUCGAGGGCAUCAAUCUGGGGCGAAGUGGCAUCAACAUACUUUGCUGUAUCGAAGACUAACGAGGAUAGGGACCCCCGGUUACGUGCAAGUCGAGAGUGGCUCGAUGAGCGAAAUAAAAUGUGUUCAACAAGUAGAGUAUAAGUGAACGUACAUGUGCACGGUGUGUCACGGUGUCAUCACUCCGAACGAAGAUCACGCACGAAAGGUUCGAAGUAGUACGCGCAGUACGGUGACACCAUUAAAUAUCGGUACAAAACUCGGAACUUCCCGUUCUGAUCGGGUGCGGGCUAUAGCUUAAUCAUUUGAAUUAUUCUCGAAAACAAAAUCUCAAAGCUAAAG